GUCACCAGCAUGGACCCGAGGAAGCACCAGCUGUGCGCACACCGCGGGCAAACAACAUGACGCGUGGCUACCUCCCUUGUGAUAGUCUCAACCACGCUGGGAGGAAGAUGUGGGAGCCCAACACGUCUAAUAUUCUGAAAGAGAAAGUCUCAAGUAACCUCACCAGGGCAGAUAACUGUGGCUCUGUCUCUGUGGUGUUCCCCUUGACUAUGAUGAUCACUGGUCUGGUGGGGAACGCUCUGGCUAUGCUUAUGGUCUAUAAGUCCUACAAGAAGAAGGAAAGUAAAAAGAAACAGUCUUUUCUGCUCUGUAUUGGUUCCUUGGCAUUAACAGACUUUACUGGACAAUUGCUAACCAGCCCUAUUGUCAUCUCUGUUUACCUGUCCAACAGGCAAUGGACUAAGGUGGACCCUUCAGGGAGCUUGUGUGCUUUCUUUGGACUGUGCAUGACCAUGUUUGGUCUGUGCCCACUGUUUAUAGCAAGUGCAAUGGCCAUUGAGAGGACUUUGGCAAUAAGAGCCCCUCACUGGUAUGCCAGCCAUAUGAAAACCAGAGCCACCAAAGCAGUAUUAUUAUGCAUCUGGAUUUUCGUUUUAGCCUUUGCCCUUCUGCCCAUUAUUGGUUUAGGACAAUAUACUUUGCAGUGGCCUGGAACAUGGUGUUUUAUUAGCACUGGAGACCAUGACACCCCAGGAAAUAUAUUCUUUGCUUCAACUUUUGCCUCCCUUGGACUUUUGGCUCUGUUGGUCACAUUCUCUUUUAACUUGGCAACAAUCAAAGCCUUGGUGUCUCGGUGCAAAAGCAAGAGCUCAGCUUCCCAGUCCAGCAAGCAGUGGGAAAGAAUCACAUUAGAGACUAUGAUUCAGCUCAUGGGGAUAAUGUGUGUGCUGUUUGCCUGCUGGUCUCCGCUGCUGGUGAUCAUGCUUAAAAUGAUGUCCAACAACACUUCGGCCGAGCACUGCAAGAAUUCAUCAUUAGUGCAGAGUUCAACAUUACAGAAAGACUGCAAUUUCUUCUUGACGGCAAUUCGCCUGGCUUCUCUGAACCAAAUACUCGAUCCUUGGGUCUAUCUUUUACUACGACAAAUUCUACUAAGAAAAUUUUGUCAAGUAGCAAACGCAGUUUCUAGCUGCUCAACCGACGGACAUAAAGAACAUCCAAUGAUAUUAUCAACUGAAAUGAGACAGACUGACGGAUGAAUCUGUAAUGCAAAUUGCAUGCUGAAAAAAAAAAUCCGAAAGCUUUAAUGUGAAACGGCUUUUGUGGCCUGACUUUCUUAGAAUGAACUAUAUAAAGCUGCUAAGUGGGUAAUAUUUAUUAUCCAAUGUGCCAAAUGUCUAAAUUGUGUAAAUGCAAUGAAUAUAUAAAGAAGAGUAUAUAUUAAUAUAGUAUAAAGCAUAGUAUUAUGACAGCAUGUUCUACAAGGGGUGAAACGCGAUAAAAUAAAGAUUGCUGUAAGGAAAGAGGCCAUUUCCCCCCCCCCCCCCCCAGAAUGUCCCUUUAAAAUAAUACAAACGCUUCUUUUUUUAAGUCACAUAACUUUGCAUGAUAAAUUAAUAUGACAUAUAAAAACUUCAGGCUAAUGAUAACAGUAAUUAUUACACGUGCACACACAACAUUUUUGGUUCGGCCAAAUCUUUAUUUCCGAAUAUUAAAAAUAUUUUGUAUUUUGAAUAUUCAGUGCCGGUGCUAUUUGAUAUUUAUCUCUUUUUAAAAGAAAUGACUACCGACCAUUUGUGGAACAUUUACCUUCAUUUUUAUUAAACAAAUUUAUAUGUUCCAAAGCUACAGGUGAAAAAGUAAUUUUAUACUUACCUUUAGCGAGCUGAAGAGCCGCAUUAACCGUCUAAUUCACAGAACCCUGGCCGCGCUAAUAGAAGAAUUAGUGAGGCUGCUCCCAGGAAGGACCUGCACUAAAAGAUCUUCUUCUUCAGUGCAGGCCAUGGAAGCCGCCACUCUUAUGCCUCCUAUUAGUGCUGCCGAUCUCUAUGAAGAAGAAGAGCGGGUUAGCGCGGCUCUCCAAUGUUUUAAAGAUAAGUAUUCUAACUAUUUAAAGGAAAUGAAUAAAUACUGACAAGUGUGUCAUUCUUUGCUUUUUUUUAAAUGUCAUGCUUUAUUCAUUCGGAUAUUCGUUCUGUUAAAACGAGACUAAUAUCUGUGUUUCGUUAAUGAGUAUGAAUUCGUAACGAAACAAAUGCACGUGUCUAAUAAUUAUGAAUAAAGUAAGUUUUUUCCCACUGAAAAAUAGAUACAGUUAACACAAUGGGGCAUAUCUAUCAAGCUCUGUAUGGAGCUUGAAGCCCCGUGUUUCUGGAGAGCCUGAAGGCUCGCCAUAAACACAUGUUAUGAAGCAGCGGUCUAAAGACCGCUGCUCCAUAACCUGUCCAUCUGCUCUGAGUAGGCGGACAGACAUCACCGCAACUCAACCCGAUCGAAUACGAUCGGGUUGAUUGACACCCCCUUCUAGCGAUUGGCCGCAAAUCUGCAGGGGGGCAGCGUUGCACCAGCAGUUCACAAUAGCUGCUGGUGCAAUGCUAAAUGCGGAGAGGGUAUUGCACUCCGCAUUCAGCGAGGUCUGUCGGACAUGAUCCGCAAUGUCGGAUCAUGUCCAACAGGCCUUUCAUAAAUAGGCCCCAAUGACCUUGAUUUAAUAAUAACGCUGGAUAAAACCAAUAUGUUGCAAAACACUGUGACUUGAAAAUAGUGGAAUUCCUAAAGAUUUGUCCUCAUCCCUCAUCCCAUUCCAUGAGUCACUCAUUAUAAUAAAUGGUGCAUCAUCUAUAUUGUAACUGUUCAACUCUCGACAUAUUGAACGACAAUCAUAAAACCACCUUUAAAACCUAUCACAAAAAAACAAAAAAAAUUGUCAGAAAAACCGUCCACUCUAACAUAUGCAAAAAAAAAAAAAAAACAUUUAAAGAAAACGUUUAUCAGCUUUGAAAAUGCAAGAAAUGACUGCUAGAUUAUAUAUGUCAUAGGGUCUAUAUGAAUUCCCUAUUAAAACAAGCCAUGACUACGGCUACAUGCUGAAACACGUAGGCUUAUUUCUUCUUGACACAUUAACUAGUGUUCUCCUUUUAACU